AUGCUGCUGCCCCUGGCCUGCCUGCACGGCCGGGUGGCGCAGUGCCUGGCCGCGCUGCUGGUGCUGGCCCCGCCGCUGCCCCGGCCCCGGCGCGGCGCGAGGGCGCACGGAGCGCCGCCCCGCCCGGGCGCCGAGGCCGCCCCCGCCGCCCCGCCCGCGAAGAUGGCCGCGGAGCUGUGCCCCGCCGCGGGCGGCGCGGCCGCCACGGCCACCGACAUCGCCAACAGCAACGCGGCCGCCGCCGCGCCCGGGAAGGGCCCGCCCCGCGCCCCGCCGCCCGCGCCGCCGCCGCCCGCGCCCGCGCCCGCGCCGCCCGCGCCCGACAACAACAACGCGGACGGCGCCGGCUGGCAGGCCUGCCGGCCCACCCUGCGCGAGAGGAACGCGCUGAUGUUCAACAGCGAGCUCAUGGCCGACGUGCACUUCGUCGUGGGCCCGGGCGCGGCGCGCAGGGUGCCCGCCCACAAGUACGUCCUGGCCGUGGGGAGCUCCGUCUUCUACGCCAUGUUCUACGGGGACCUGGCGGAGGUCAAGGCGGAGAUCCACAUCCCCGACGUGGAGCCCGCCGCCUUCCUCGUCUUGCUGAAGUACAUGUACAGCGACGAGAUCGACCUGGAAGCGGACACGGUGCUGGCCACGCUGUACGCGGCCAAGAAGUACAUCGUCCCUGCGCUCGCCAAGGCCUGCGUCACCUUCCUCGAGACCAGCCUGGAAGCCAAGAACGCCUGCGUCCUGCUCUCCCAGAGCCGGCUGUUCGAGGAGCCGGAGCUGACCCAGCGCUGCUGGGAGGUCAUCGACGCGCAGGCCGAGAUGGCCCUGCGGUCCGAGGGCUUCUGCGAGAUCGACUGGCAGACGCUGGAGAUCAUCGUGCGCAGGGAGGCGCUCAACACCAAGGAGGCGGUGGUCUUCGAGGCCGUCCUGAGCUGGGCGGAGGCCGAGUGCAAGCGCCAGGGCCUGCCGGUCACCCCGCGCAACCAGCGGCGCGUCCUGGGGCCGGCGCUCUACCUGGUGCGCAUCCCCGCCAUGACCCUGGAGGAGUUCGCCAACGGCCCCGCCCAGUCGGCCGUGCUGACGCUGGAGGAGACGCACAGCAUCUUCCUGUGGUUCACGGCGGCCAACAAGCCCCUGCUGGACUUCCCCCUGGCCAAGCGCAAGGGCCUGGCGCCCCAGCGCUGCCGCCGCUUCCAGGCGUCCGCCUACCGCAGCAACCAGUGGCGCUACCGCGGCCGCUGCGACAGCAUCCAGUUCGCCGCCGACCGCCGCGUGUUCAUCGCGGGGCUGGGCCUGUACGGGUCCAGCGCGGGCCCGGCCGAGUACCGCGUCAAGAUCGAGCUCAAGCGCCUGGGCGCGGUGCUCGCGCAGACCCUGACGGGCUUCGUGUCAGACGGGUCCAACGGCACCUUCCCAGUGUGGUUCGAGCACCCGGUGCAAGUGGAGCAGGACGCCUUCUACACGGCCAGCGCCGUGCUGGACGGCAGCGAGCUCAGCUACUUCGGGCAGGAGGGCAUGACGGAGGUGCAGUGCGGGAAGGUGACCUUCCAGUUCCAGUGCUCCUCAGACAGCACCAACGGCACUGGGGUGCAGGGUGGGCAGAUCCCCGAGCUCAUCUUCUAUGCCUGACCUGGCGGGGGUGCGCUGCAGGCAGGGCCAAGGCCAGGGCCCAGCUGGCCGCAUGCGCAACAGGGCAGGUCGCUGUGGAGGGCAGAUCUGGGGGGUGCGAGGCAGGCCCUUCCCUGCGGUGACAGCCACGCUGCCGCCCCUCGCCCCCCAGGCCUCCCCUCGGCGUACGGGGAGGGAAGACGCCCUCCAGGUCCUUGUGCUAUUUGAGGGGUUUUCAUAAUAAAGUUUUGACCAGGAGCAAGGGGCCGCGGACGGACGGCUGGCUGCAGCGCCUCACCCCAAGGGCCCUUCGCACGUAGAAACGCUAGGCCGUGGGGAGCCCUGCCCUCCGGUUCACCUGGCUAGUGCCCCCGGGAGGCUGGAGUGGCCUGUGCAGCAUGAAGGGCCGCCCCUCCCCGGCCCCCCCAGGCCAGGCCGAGGCCCUCACCUAUGGCAGGCGCGUUGAUGCACAGCUCUCUGGCCAGGAGCAGGAAGGUCUUCCCCAGCACAUACACGUUCACCUGUCAGGAGGGAGCCGGCGCGGUGGCACCUGGGUUCAAGGAAACCUCUGCUCUUUCCCCCAAAACGUGUUUCCCCGUCCGGCUGUCAAGGAGCCGAGGGAGGGCCUGGCGCGCGGGCACCUCUGCCGGCCCUGCCAGCCCCCGGAGGUCCGGGGCAGGACACCCCACCGGCUCAGCCCUGCCCCUCCCGCACGUGAGUAGCUCCAGGUCGCUGUGCUGGGCGAGAAGGGGUCCCCGUCCUGCCAGGGGGCCCACACGGGAGCCCAUGUGGGCCUGUCUCCUCCAGGUCCUGCUGGGGCCUCACCUGCGCCCCAGCUGGCCAGACACCGGGGCCCGCCCCAGUGGGAGGCCAAAGCCAGCUGCACAUCCAGCCUGAGCAGGGGCUCUGGCCGGCACUCCCCAGGCCAAGGAGGGCCAUCACCCGGCCGGACACCGGCCACGAGGGGUGUGAGGAGCAGCGGGAAGCCCUCCCGCUUCCUUCAAGCUAAGUCCUUCCUGGGCAGUUAUGGGGAACAAGGCCCUGGACCUGAACCCAACAGGGCUCUGGACGCUGGGCUUUCUGCUCACACCCAGCCCCUCAGGCGCUGAGAAGCCACCCAUACCCCCCACCUGAGUGACACUGAGCCCCGGGAGCCUGGGGUCUCAUGCUGGGUCCACCUGCCCCUGCCACCCAGGGCCCCCAGGCUGGGCCACUGGAAAGGAGCAGACCGAGGGAGGCUCAGGGUGGGCUGGGAGGCCCCGGCUGGGCCUGAGGGCUUCCCGCUCCCCGGCCAGGGAGCCUGGCCUCUCCUUGCAGGCAGGGCAGCC